CUCAAGCACCUUUUUGUUGCCACCAGCGCUUUCCCAGUCCCAACAGGCGAAGUCCUGAGGGCCGGGCCUAUGGCCUUCCGAGCGCUGCUCGCGUGCCGCUUGGCACUUUGCUUGGCCGUGCCUGAACAACUCUUCACUGACGACUGUGCCGAAGGUUCGGAGUGCCACGUGUCGCUUCGGCAGCUCCGUGGAGAGCGCCGGGAAGUCCGGCUACAUAGUGCCACAGUUGACUAUCCUUUGGCCAAUGACGACAGCAUGGAGCAGACCUACCCCAUGACUGAUGCUGCUAGCGGAUAUUGUGCCUUCCCUAGCGAGCGCGAGGACCCCGAGCUCGGCUCUGCCGACCUGGGUGGCGUGUGCGCGAUGGCGCUGAAAUAUGCAGGUCAUAGAGCUGCCGUCGGCACCGAGUGCGCGACGCAAACCGCUUGCACCCACUGCAACGGAGUAUGGUGCAACGGCAAAGUUGAGGCACUCCUGCAGCAGGCCGCAGGUGAGCCCGAUGAGGCUGCGAGCAGUGAUGAGUUGCCUGGGGAUGCGUUCCCCUUGGCGAAGGACGAUGACAAGCUCCACAACUGGCCCAUGACAGAUGCAGCAGAUGGCUUCUGCGCAUAUCCGAGCGAGCGAAGUGAUCCAACACUUGGCUCUGCAAAACUUGGCGCUGCGCCCAUGAGCGCAGAGGAGACGGAACAAGUCUGCGACAUGGCCAGGAAGUACGAGGGCCACAGAGCUGAGGUCGGCUCCGAAUGUGCCACGAAAACAGCCUGUGGCGGCUGCAAUGGAGUUUGGUGCAGCGGAACCAUGAAAGCCUUGCUGCAGUCUGCCGCUAGUGAGCCCGAUGAGGCUGCUGGCAGUGACGAUUUGCCUGGGGAUGCGUUCCCCUUGGCGAAGGACGAUGACAAGCUCCACAACUGGCCCAUGACAGAUGCAGCAGAUGGCUUCUGCGCAUAUCCGAGCGAGCGAAGUGAUCCAACACUUGGCUCUGCAGAACUCGGCGCUGCACCCAUGAGCGCAGAGGAGACGGAACAAGUCUGCGACAUGGCCAGGAAGUACGAGGGCCACAGAGCUGAGGUCGGCUCCGAAUGUGCCACGAAAACAGCCUGUGGCGGCUGCAAUGGAGUUUGGUGCAGCGGAACCAUGAAAGCCUUGCUGCAAUCUGCCGCUAGUGAGCCCGAUGAGACUGCUGGCAAUGACGAUUUGCCUGGGGAUGCAUUCCCCUUGGCGAAGGACGAUGACAAGCUCCACAACUGGCCCAUGACGGAUGCGGCAGAUGGCUUCUGCGCAUAUCCGAGCGAGCGAAGUGAUCCAACACUUGGCUCUGCAAAACUCGGCGCUGCGCCCAUGAGCGCAGAGGAGACGGAACAAGUCUGCGACAUGGCCAGGAAGUACGAGGGCCACAGAGCUGAGGUUGGCUCUGAAUGUGCCACGAAAACAGCCUGUGGCGGCUGCAAUGGAGUUUGGUGCAGCGGAACCAUGAAAGCCUUGCUUCAAACUGCCGCACGUGAGCCCGAUGAGGCUGCUGGCAGUGACGAUUUGCCUGGGGAUGCGUUCCCCUUGGCGAAGGACGAUGACAAGCUCCACAACUGGCCCAUGACAGAUGCAGCAGAUGGCUUCUGCGCAUAUCCGAGCGAGCGAAAUGAUCCAACACUUGGCUCUGCAGAACUCGGCGCUGCGCCCAUGAGCGCAGAGGAGACGGAACAAGUCUGCGACAUGGCCAGGAAGUACGAGGGCCACAGAGCUGAGGUCGGCUCCGAAUGUGCCACGAAAACAGCCUGUGGCGGCUGCAAUGGAGUUUGGUGCAGCGGAACCAUGAAAGCCUUGCUGCAAUCUGCCGCUAGUGAGCCCGAUGAGACUGCUGGCAGUGACGAUUUGCCUGGGGAUGCGUUCCCCUUGGCGAAGGACGAUGACAAGCUCCACAACUGGCCCAUGACAGAUGCGGCAGAUGGCUUCUGCGCAUAUCCGAGCGAGCGAAGUGAUCCAACACUUGGCUCUGCAAAACUCGGCGCUGCGCCCAUGAGCGCAGAGGAGACGGAACAAGUCUGCGACAUGGCCAGGAAGUACGAGGGCCACAGAGCUGAGGUCGGCUCCGAAUGUGCCACGAAAACAGCCUGUGGCGGCUGCAAUGGAGUUUGGUGCAGCGGAACCAUGAAAGCCUGAAGGCAUGUGUGAACUUAGCGGGUUCGCGGCCAGCGAUUGACUUCUUGUAGCAUCCAUGCGCAAACGUCACAUGGAUUGAAUGUGUCAGGAUUGCGUGCAG